CAUCUCCCACGCACGGAGUAGGUGACAUGGCGAUCUCAGCUGGAGGAGACAAGUACCGCUCUUUCAUGCAUGGAGAGGGCGAAAGGAACACCCAGUGGAGGUUCGGAGCUCCUCCGGACUAUGAUCUCGUCAACAAGCUUUUUGAGGAGGGCCGAACUCAGGAGUGGCCCGUGGGAUCGCUGGAAGAGAAGGUUCAGCGCAUAGUGAAGUCACUCGAAAUGGAGUUGCAGCACAAGAUACGGCCAGAGGACUUCAAGUCUGUCAACCGAGAGAAGUUUCGAUUCAGCGUGAAUGGAAGAAGAGGAAUUAGUUUGCAGGAAAUACGGGAGAUGGGAGGAGGCUACAACGCCUUCUUGCAGACCAACCUGCCUAAAGAACUACGGAUCUACGACCCAGAGGCGGAGACGAUGGACUCGUCGCACAAGGCCUUCACCACGACGUUUCCCCGUGGUUUCGCCUUGGAGAUACUCCAGGUGUACAGUGGCCCGCCGACGAUCGCAUUCAAGUUCCGGCACUGGAGCUAUAUGGACGGCCCAUUCCAGGGGCACCCUCCCUCCGGAGAAUUGGUUGAGUUCUUUGGGAUCGCCAUCUAUCACGUGGAUGAUGAAAUGAAGGUCGAGAAGGUGGAGUUCUUCUACGAGCGUGGAGACUUCCUUGCGAGCUUUGUGAAAGGAGCGCCUGCAGCGUCUGGUUCGCGCUGCCCUGUCAUGAAGAUAUAGUGGAUGGAUGGGUGAAGCCGAACGAAACAAGUCCGUUGCUGUGAGUCACUGAUGGUUUGGAGCAAUAAUUGGUCAAAACAUUAGUUUGUCGAGUCAGUACGACUUAGUAAAAGUCAACGGUGCUUACUCCACUUCAGUGAGCACAGCUGUUCAACAA